AUUGUUCUAGCAAUUCGAAAAUGGAUAUCAUUGCUGUGUCUUUAUAUAGACACCACGGAAUUCACUAAAUUAAAUUAUUAAUAUACACAUUAAUAUAUGUCCUGAUUAUAUACAAACGUCAUUAGCCAUUUAAUUUUGCUUAACGCUUUACGAAAACGGUUCAUUAUUUGCGGUCUCUAGUGCACGAUAAACGUCUACUAUGAAGAUUUAUUUUUUGUUUAUUCUCGAAGUUGCCUUAUCUCAGGUUAUAGACAAGCCAACUCACGUGAGAGUGUCGCUAUAUGAACCCGAGGGGUUGUUUGUUCAGUGGAGAGUUGUAGGAAAUCACCAAGGAAAUCCAAUUGUUGGUUACAAGAUAAGAGUAUGGAAAAUUGAGGAAGACCUACAUGGUUCCUAUACAUUAUUAAAUGGGGAACAACUUGCUAUAAUUUCGGAUGAAAGAUCUGUUGAGCCUUAUAAUAUUGAAGUUCCGAAGCAUCCACCACGAGAAUAUACCACUCCUAACAUCGAUAUACAAAAUGACUUAAGCAUCAAAAUAACUGAUGGAAUAAAAUACAAUACACUAUAUGAAGUACGUGUUCUUGCAUACAGGAAGGAUCUCGAUGGACCAAUGUCGCAGCCCAUUAGAGUGAAAAUAGUAAAGGGAGAAGGUUAUACAGUGCUAGCUCAAAAGACAUCUCCAAAUACCUGUGCGAUCUCAAGUAUUAGUGAAACGACACCUGAAAAUGAUGUACAAUAUUAUUCCAUUGAAACUGUUAAUUUAUAAAUUAAGAAAGUUAAGCUUUG